CGAGACUGGGCCGCCGGAUCUCCUUGCCUUCGCCUUGCUCCUCGUUCCAGUUCUCGUCAGGCCCUCUGUCCUCCCCCCCGCCACCCAAUUCCUCGCAGUUCUCGCGUCUUUUCUCGAUUCCUUGCCCGGUGGCCCUAAAAUAGUCUGACAUAAGUGGAUUAGAGUGACUGAGAAACUAGGUGUUACCUUGGCUGGCUAGGGUGCUGCAAAGGUGCCUGAAAAGUGACUUGGAUAGCAGACCAGGCCAAGUAUGGAUUGGCUGUGAUUCCAGUAGGACCAGGAAGCCGAAAAAUCAUAAAAAUGAAAGUGGACCGAACUAAGCUGAAGAAAACGCCUACUGAGGCUCCUGCAGAUUGCAGAGCCUUGAUAGACAAACUCAAAGUUUGCAAUGAUGAACAGCUGUUGCUGGAGCUCCAACAGAUCAAAACAUGGAAUAUUGGAAAGUGUGAACUUUACCACUGGGUGGACCUGCUAGACAGAUUCGAUGGCAUCCUGGCAGAUGCUGGGCAGACUGUGGAGAACAUGUCUUGGAUGCUGUUGUGUGACCGUCCAGAAAGAGAACAGCUGAAAUCUCUGCUUCUUUCAGUUCUGAAUUUCACUGCCCUGCUCAUAGAAUACAGUUUUUCUCGUCACUUGUACAGCUCUAUUGAGCACUUGACAACGCUAUUGGCAUCUUCGGACAUGCAAGUGGUGCUUGCAGUGCUAAACCUUCUGUACGUGUUUAGCAAACGUUCCAAUUACAUCACCCGCUUGGGCUCUGACAAGAGGAUGCCUCUUCUGUCUCGACUUCAGCAUUUGGCAGAGAGCUGGGGCGGCAAAGAGAAUGGUUUUGGCCUUGCAGAAUGUUGUAGAGAUUUGCACCUUCUGAAAUACCCUCCCAGUGCAACUACACUACACUUUGAAUUCUAUGCAGAGCCAGGGGCCGAGGUCAAAGUGGACAAAAGGACUACCAGCAACACACUACAUUAUAUCCACAUAGAACAACUUGACAAGAUUUCAGAAAGCCCCUCUGAAAUUAUGGAGUCCCUCACCAAAAUGUACAGCAUCCCAAAGGAUAAACAGAUGCUGCUGUUUACACAUAUUCGCCUGGCCCAUGGCUUUUCCAAUCAUAAAAAGCGAUUGCAAGCUGUUCAGGCUAGACUGCAUGCCAUUUCUAUCUUAGUGUAUUCAAAUGCCUUGCAGGAAUCUGCUAACAGCAUAUUGUAUAAUGGAUUGAUAGAGGAACUAGUGGAUGUACUGCAAAUAACAGAUAAACAAUUAAUGGAUAUUAAAGCUGCCUCUUUGAGGACAUUGACUUCAAUUGUGCACUUGGAGCGGACCCCAAAACUCAGCAGUAUUAUUGACUGCACAGGAACUGCUUCCUACCAUGGAUUUUUGCCAGUCCUGGUCCGAAACUGUAUACAGGCCAUGAUUGAUCCCUCAAUGGAGCCAUAUCCUCACCAGUUUGCCACAGCACUCUUUUCCUUCUUGUAUCAUUUGGCAAGUUAUGAUGCAGGAGGCGAAGCUUUAGUCUCCUGUGGCAUGAUGGAAGCCCUGCUGAAGGUGAUCAAAUUCUUGGGAGAUGAACAGGAUCAGAUCACUUUUGUGACCCGAGCUGUACGAGUGGUAGACUUAAUCACAAACCUAGAUAUGGCAGCUUUCCAGUCUCAUAGUGGCUUGUCUAUCUUCAUCUACAGACUGGAGCACGAGGCAGACUUGUGCCGGAGGGAAUGUCCCUUUGUAAUAAAGCCAAAGAUACAGAGACCUGCUGCUACUGCUACACAAGAAGGUGAAGAGAUGGAGACAGACAUAGAAGUUUCUGAUGUAGCCAUGGAGAGCAGCCCUGGACCUUCAACUUCUGGAGAGAAUCGGCAGGAAGUUGUGGUGGAGCCAAGGGCCCCAAGUGCCACCACUCCUAGUAGUAGCAGUAAUAGCAGCAGUGCCAGCAGCAGCAGCAGCACCACAAAUACAGUAGUUUCACCCCGAAGUGGAGUUCAGUGCAUCCCUCAGCGAGCUGCACUUCUCAAGUCUAUGUUGAACUUCCUGAAAAAGGCCAUCCAGGACCCAGCUUUCUCAGAUGGCAUACGCCACGUGAUGGAUGGUUCUCUGCCUGCUUCCCUGAAGCACAUCAUCAGCAAUGCAGAAUAUUAUGGGCCAUCACUAUUCUUGCUUGCCACUGAAGUGGUAACAGUCUUCGUAUUCCAAGAGCCUUCGCUGCUAUCAUCCUUACAGGAUAAUGGCCUAACAGAUGUCAUGUUGCAUGCUCUUCUUAUUAAAGAUGUCCCUGCCACACGGGAAGUUUUGGGUUCUCUCCCCAAUGUGUUUAGCGCACUAUGUCUGAAUGCUCGAGGCUUACAAUCUUUUGUCCAGUGUCAGCCAUUUGAACGUCUCUUUAAAGUACUUCUCUCACCAGAUUACCUCCCUGCAAUGAGGAGGCGUCGUAGUUCAGAUCCACUAGGAGACACUGCCUCCAAUCUUGGAAGUGCUGUAGAUGAGCUCAUGAGGCAUCAGCCUACACUCAAGACAGAUGCUACCACAGCUAUUAUUAAGUUACUAGAAGAGAUCUGCAACCUAGGCCGAGACCCCAAGUACAUCUGCCAGAAGCCCUCAAUUCAGAAGGCUGAUGGAACGGCCACUGCCCCUCCACCUCGCUCCACUCAUGCAGCUGAGGAGGCUUCCAGUGAGGAUGAAGAGGAGGAGGAAGUGCAAGCUAUGCAGAGCUUCAAUGCCACACAGCAGAGCGAAGUGGAAUCCAGUCAGCAGGUGGUCGGGACAGAAGAACGGAUUCCGAUCCCACUCAUGGACUACAUUCUUAAUGUGAUGAAAUUUGUGGAGUCGAUCCUCAGCAACAAUACGACAGAUGACCAUUGUCAGGAGUUUGUGAACCAGAAGGGCUUGCUGCCUCUAGUCACCAUCUUGGGCCUGCCCAAUCUGCCUAUAGACUUCCCCACCUCAGCAGCAUGCCAGGCUGUGGCUGGAGUCUGCAAAUCCAUAUUGGUAAGGAGGAGAAUACAACAUUUCCCUUUCCAGAAGACACUUUCCCAUGAACCAAAGGUCUUACAGGAAGGGCUGCUUCAGUUGGAUUCCAUCCUUUCUUCCCUGGAGCCUCUACACCGGCCUAUUGAGGCACCUGGCGGUUCAGUUCUACUACGGGAGUUGGCGUGUGCUGGCAAUGUGGCUGAUGCUACUCUCUCAGCUCAGGCCACUCCUUUGCUUCAUGCCCUGACUGCUGCCCACGCUUACAUCAUGAUGUUUGUGCAUACCUGUCGUGUAGGACAAAGUGAGAUCAGAGCUAUCUCUGUAAACCAGUGGGGAUCACAGUUGGGCCUGAGCGUGCUGAGCAAGCUGAGCCAGUUGUAUUGUUCGUUGGUUUGGGAAAGCACUGUGCUGCUGUCACUAUGUACACCAAACAGUUUGCCUUCAGGUUGUGAAUUUGGCCAAGCUGAUAUGCAGAAAUUGGUGCCGAAGGAGGAGAAACCAGCUCCCAAUGCCCCCCAGGGAACCAAAAAAGCAGAUAGUGAACCAGAAGUGGUGGCAGCAGGGACCAUAGAGUCCUCUGCUCAGGGUCUUCUAGAAGGAAUUGGUCUAGAUGGUGACACAUUGGCACCAAUGGAAACUGAUGAGCCUAGUUCCUCUGACCCCAAGGGAAAGUCAAAGAUCACCCCAGCCAUGGCCGCCAGGAUCAAGCAAAUCAAACCUCUUCUGUCAGCCUCCUCUAGGUUAGGUCGUGCCUUGGCUGAGCUGUUUGGGUUGCUGGUAAAGCUAUGUGUGGGCUCUCCAGUGCGACAACGCCGGAGCCACCAUGCCGCCAGCACCACCACUGCUCCCACACCAGCGGCACGCUCAACUGCAUCAGCAUUGACCAAGCUCCUCACAAAGGGACUUUCCUGGCAGCCCCCACCUUACACACCCACACCACGCUUCCGGCUGACUUUUUUCAUCUGUUCUGUGGGCUUCACCUCACCAAUGCUGUUUGAUGAGAGAAAAUACCCCUACCACCUUAUGCUACAGAAGUUCUUGUGCUCUGGCGGCCACAAUGCAUUGUUUGAGACUUUCAACUGGGCUCUCUCUAUGGGUGGAAAAGUUCCCGUUGCUGAGGGACUGGAGCACCCCGACCUCCCUGAUGGCACAGGAGAGUUUCUGGAUGCCUGGCUUAUGUUGGUGGAGAAAAUGGUGAAUCCUACCACAGUGCUGGAAUCUCCCCAUUCCUUGCCAGCCAAGUUGCCUGGUGGACAGAACUACUUGCAGUUCAGUGCCCUGCGCUUCCUUGUGGUAACACAGAAGGCAGCCUUCACAUGCAUCAAGAACUUGUGGAACCGCAAGCCCCUGAAAGUAUAUGGUGGACGCAUGGCAGAGUCCAUGCUGGCCAUCUUAUGCCACAUUCUGCGGGGGGAGCCAGUCAUCCGUGAACGCCUUGGCAAAGAGAAAGAAGGCGCACGUAGUGAGGAGGAGGGAGGGCAAGAGGAAGGUGGUGCCCGAAGAGAGCCUCAGGUGAAUCAGCAGCAGCUGCAGCAGCUGAUGGACAUGGGUUUUACAAGGGAGCAUGCCAUGGAAGCUCUGCUGAACACCAGUACCAUGGAACAAGCCACAGAGUAUUUGCUGACUCAUCCUCCACCUCUUAUGGGUGGGGUUGUGCGGCAGGAUCUGAGCAUGUCUGAAGAAGACCAGAUGAUGAGGGCCAUUGCUAUGUCACUGGGACAAGAUAUACCCAUGGACCAAAGAGCAGAAUCCCCAGAGGAAGCAGCUUGCAGAAAGGAGGAAGAAGAACGCAAGGCCAGGGAGAAACAGGAGGAAGAAGAAGCAAAGUGCCUUGAGAAAUUCCAAGAUGCAGAACCUCUCGAGCAAGAAGAAUUGCAUAGCUUUACAGAUACAAUGCUUCCUGGCUGCUUCCACCUGCUGGAUGAGCUGCCAGACACAGUCUACCGUGUUUGUGAUCUCAUCAUGACUGCAAUCAAACGCAACGGGGCUGACUACAGAGAUAUGAUCCUCAAGCAAGUGGUGAAUCAGGUGUGGGAAGCUGCAGAUGUUCUCAUUAAAGCUGCCUUGCCCCUUACUACAAGUGACACAAAGACUGUCUCAGAGUGGAUCAGCCAAAUGGCUACCCUGCCACAGGCCUCCAACCUGGCCACACGCAUUCUGCUUUUAACAUUACUCUUUGAGGAGCUGAAGUUGCCAUGUGCUCGUGUGGUGGAGUCAAGUGGAAUUCUCAAUGUUCUAAUCAAGUUGCUGGAAGUGGUACAACCGUGCCUGCAGGCUGCCAAGGAACAGAAAGAAGUACAAACCCCAAAGUGGAUCACGCCAGUCCUUCUGCUGAUUGACUUCUAUGAGAAGACAGCUAUCUCCUCCAAGAGGAGGGCCCAGAUGAACAAGUACCUCCAAGCCAAUGGCAACAAUUGGCGUUGGUUUGAUGAUCGCUCAGGCCGUUGGUGCAGCUACAGUGCAAGCAACAACAGUACUAUCGACACAGCAUGGAAAGCUGGAGAAACCAGUGUUCGCUUCACUGCUGGCCGUCGCCGCUAUACUGUGCAGUUCACUACAAUGGUGCAGGUGAAUGAAGAGACUGGGAACAGGCGUCCCGUUAUGCUGACUUUGCUCAGGGUUCCUCGCCUUAGCAAGAGUGUGAAGGAGGGCAAUGGGCAAGAGCUGGAGAGAACCUUGGAAGAAGGGAAGGAGGUGGAAAGCAAACCUAAGGAGGAGAAGGCAAAUGACGUGCCUCCUGAGAGCCUUGCCCCAGAGAAAGAAGCUCCUUCAGAAGAAGCCAAACCAUCAGAGAUCCUCAUCCAGGGUCUGACUGAAGAGAUGGUGACUGUGUUGAUUCGGGCCUGCGUCAGUAUGUUGGGUGUCCCUGUGGAACCAGACACUCUGCACGCCACCCUGCGCCUCUGUCUGCGCCUCACCCGCCACCACAAAUAUGCCAUGAUGUUUGCUGAGCUCAAGAGUACACGUAUGAUCCUGGGCCUUACGCAAAGCUCUGGCUUCAAUGGCUUCACGCCUCUUGUCACCCUGCUUUUUCGGCAUAUCAUCGAGGACCCUUGCACACUGCAUCACACUAUGGAGAAGGUGGUGCGCUCAGCAGCCACCAGUGGAGCAGGGAGUACCACCUCAGGUGUGGUAUCAGGUAGUUUGGGCUCUCGGGAGAUCAACUACAUCUUGCGAGUUCUGGGCCCAGCUGCUUGCCGUAAUCCUGAGAUCUUCACUGAGGUGGCCAAUGGCUGCAUUCGCAUAGCCUUGCCUGCUCCUCGUGGUUCUGGUACUGCUCCCCAAGCCUCUGACGACGAAUUCGAGAACCUGCGGAUCAAGGGGCCCAAUGCAGUGCAGCUGGUGAAAACCACUCCAGUGAAACCUUCUCCACUGCCUGUUAUUCCUGAUACUAUCAAGGAGGUGAUCUAUGACAUGCUGAAUGCUCUGGCUGCUUACCAUGCUCCUGACGAAGCGGACAAAUCUGAGCCCAAGGCAAACAGUACAAACCAGGAGGUGAGCCAGAUCCUUCAAGAUAUGGGUGAUGACGUGUACCAGCAAUACCGCUCUUUGACCCGUCAGGGCAGUGACUUUGACUCUCAAACAGGCUUUGGCAUCAAUGCUCAAGUCUUUGCUGCUGAUAGUGCAACUGCCGAGACUCCCCAGUCUGGGACUCCCCAAGGAGAUGCCUCCACUCCUGAAGAAUCCAGAGAAAAUAAGAAGGAUAAGGAGGGUGACAAAGCAUCUGAAGAGAACAAACAAAAGGCCAAAGGAAGCAAGCCACUCAUGCCCACCUCCACCAUCUUGCGACUGCUGGCUGAGCUUGUUCGCUCAUAUGUUGGCAUUGCCACCUUAAUUGCUAACUAUAAUUACACUGUGGGUCAAUCUGAGCUAAUCAAAGAGGAUUGUAGUGUGUUGGCUUUUGUUCUGGACCACCUGCUACCUCAUACCCAAAACGCAGAAGACAAGGAUACACCAGCUCUGGCUCGCCUCUUUCUAGCCAGUUUGGCUGCAGCAGGUAGUGGCACAGAUGCACAGGUAGCCCUGGUAAAUGAGGUGAAGGCAGCACUGGGCCGGGCAUUGGCCAUGGCAGAGAGCACUGAAAAACAUGCCAGGCUGCAGGCAGUCAUGUGCAUCAUCAGCACAAUCAUGGAAUCGUGCCCCUCCACUUCCAGCUUCUAUAGCAGUGCCACAGCCAAGACGCAGCACAAUGGCAUGAACAACAUCAUCCGCCUUUUCCUCAAGAAGGGACUGGUCAAUGAUUUGGCCAGAGUGCCUCACAGCCUUGAUCUCUCCAGUCCUAACAUGGCCAACACAGUGAAUGCAGCCUUGAAACCCUUGGAAACUCUGUCGCGCAUUGUCAAUCAGCCGAGCAGCCUCUUUGGUAGCAAGAGUGCUUCAAACAAGACCAAGGCUGAGCAGGAUGCCCAGGGAGCCACAAGGGAUGCCAGCAGUGGUCAACCAGAUACAGGAGAGAGUGGAGAAGCAGAGGCUCCCGAGGAAGAUCAAGAUGUAGCCCAAGCUGAAGUUGCAGAUGGUGACAUAAUGGAUGGUGAAGCAGAAAGCGAUGCUGUGGUAAUUGCUGGGCAACCUGAAGUGCUGAGCACACAAGAGAUGCAGGUGGAAAAUGAACUGGAGGAUCUAAUAGAUGAACUAUUGGAGCAGGACGGUGGCUCAGGCAACAGCACCAUUAUAGUGGGCCGAAGUGGAGAGGAUGAGUCUCAGGAGGAUGUGCUGAUGGAUGAGGCACCGUCCAAUCUGAGCCAGGCUUCCACACUACAGGCCAACAGGGAAGAUUCUAUGAAUAUUCUGGAUCCUGAGGAUGAAGAAGAACACACCCAGGAAGAAGACAGCAGUGGCAGCAAUGAAGAUGAAGAUGACAGUCAGGAUGAAGAGGAAGAAGAGGAGGAGGAAGAUGAAGAUGAUCAGGAUGAUGAAGAAGGUGAAGAAGGUGAAGAGGAAGAAGAUGAUGAUGACGGCUCUGAGAUGGAGCUAGACGAAGACUAUCCUGAUAUGAAUGCCUCCCCUCUGGUGCGUUUUGAGCGCUUUGACCGUGAAGAUGACCUCAUCAUAGAGUUUGACAACAUGUUCUCCAGUGCCACGGAUAUUCCUCCUUCUCCUGGCAAUAUCCCUGCCACUCACCCACUCAUGGUACGUCAUGCAGACCAUAGUUCCUUGACUUUGGGUAGUGGUUCCUCAACCACCCGGUUGGCACAAGGCAUUGGCCGAAGCCAAAGGACACUAAGGCAGUUGACAGCUAACACUGGCCAUACCAUCCAUGUACAUUACCCUGGAACCCGGCAACCCAACCCACCACUUAUUCUGCAGAGGUUGCUGGGCCCUUCUGCAGCUGCUGACAUUCUUCAGCUAAGCAGCAGCCUCCCUCUGCAGAGUCGAGGUCGAGCUCGCCUCCUCGUAGGCAAUGAUGAUGUACACAUAAUCGCCCGUUCAGAUGAUGAGCUGUUGGAUGACUUCUUUCAUGAUCAAAGCACAGCCACCAGCCAGGCAGGAACACUUUCAAGCAUCCCUACUGCUUUGACUCGGUGGACUGAAGAAUGCAAAGUACUUGAUGCCGAAAGCAUGCAUGACUGUGUUUCAGUGGUCAAGGUUCCCAUCAUCAACCACCUGGAGGCAUUGAGGGACGAGGAGCUUGAGGAGCGCAGAGAGAAAAGACGCAAACAACUGGCAGAGGAAGAAGCCAAGGUGGCAGAUAAAUCCAAGGAUCCAGAAGACGAGCAGAAUGCCCAGGGGCCAGCGCUGCAAUCAAACAGUUCAGCUGAGCAAAAUCUUCCAGAUGGUGCCACCCAUCCUGAUGGUUUUCCUGUGGUUUCAACUGCUGCUGAAGACACCUUGGCUGGUGCCAGACAAACUCUGGUCACAUUGGAGAACCCCCAACAGCAGCAGCAGGCGGCAGGGACAGGCGAACUCCCUUCAGAGCUAGUGGGGCAAUCCAGUGCCCAGUCUUCUGGGCAGCUGCUGAUGCCAGUGGAGCAAGAGGACUCAGGCCCUUGGAGGCCGAGCACAGAUGCUGAGGCUACGCAGAUGGAGCUUUCACCUGCUCCCACCAUCACUUCACUCUCUCCAGAGAGGGCUGAAGAUUCUGAUGCCUUGACCGCAGUCAGCAGCCAACUAGAGGGGUCUCCCAUGGACACCAGCAGCCUUGCUUCAUGCAACCUUGAAGAGGGUGUCACAGAGAGUGGCGGGGCUGGCAGCGUGGAGCAGGCAGGCGCAGGCACCAUUGUGGCAACAGCCGAUGUAGCCCAGCCAGGCUCCAGUGCCCCAGCCAUUAGAGAGGCCCAGCCUGAUGCCAACCAACCAGUGGAUGAUGGCUCCCCACCUGCCUCAUCCUCAGAGAGCUCCUCCACAAGGGAUUCUGCGGUGGCUAUAUCUGGGGCUGACUCCCGGGGCAUAUUGGAAGAGCCACUUCCCUCUACCAGCAGUGAAGAGGAAGACCCCUUGGCAGGAAUAAAUCUCCCUGAAGGUGUCGACCCGUCUUUUUUGGCUGCUCUGCCGGAUGACAUUCGGCGGGAGGUGCUGCAAAAUCAGUUGGGUAUCCGACCCCCUGCUCGUGCUGCUGUUCCUACCACCACCACUACCACCACCACCACCGCCGCUGCUGCUGCGACCCCAACACCACCUGUGGUGGGCAACCCUGGUGUGACAGAAGUCAGCCCUGAGUUCCUGGCUGCACUGCCUCCGGCUAUCCAGGAAGAGGUGCUGGCCCAGCAGCGAGCAGAACAGCAGCGACGCGAGCUGGCCCAGAGCACAAGCUCAGACACACCCAUGGACCCAGUGACCUUCAUUCAAACAUUGCCAUCUGACCUUCGACGCAGCGUGCUAGAGGACAUGGAGGACAGUGUCUUGGCAGUCAUGCCUCCUGAUAUAGCUGCUGAGGCCCAGGCACUGCGCCGGGAGCAGGAAGCCCGCCAGCGGCAACUCAUGCACGAGCGUCUCUUUGGCCACUCCAGCACCUCUGCCUUGUCAGCCAUUUUGCGUAGCCCAGCCUUCACAAGCCGUCUGAGUGGAAACAGAGGUGUCCAGUAUACCCGUUUGGCAGUACAAAGAGGAGGUACCUUCCAAAUGGGAGGUAGCAGCAGCCAUAGCAGACCAUCGGGCAGCAAUGUAGACAGUCUGCUGCGUCUCCGUGGGCGCCUUUUGCUGGAUCACGAGGCUUUGUCCUGCCUACUGGUGCUUCUCUUUGUGGAUGAGCCAAAGCUGAACACAAGUCGGCUGCAUCGGGUGCUGCGGAACCUAUGUUAUCAUGCACAGACUCGCAGUUGGGUGAUUCGAAGCCUCCUGUCCAUCCUGCAGCGCAGCAGUGAGAGUGAACUAUGCGUAGAGACUCCUAAGGGAGCUGCUGCACCAGAUGACAAAGGCAAAAGAGUAGCCAAGGCCUGCGCCACAGACAGCCGGCCACUUGACCUUCUGCACAAAAUGGAAUCAAAAAGCUCAGGACAGCUUUCUUGGCUCUCUGUGUCUAUGGAUGCUGCUCUUGGUUGUAGAACCAACAUCUUCCAGAUCCAGCGGGCAGGAGGACGUAAGCAUACAGAGAAACAUGCUGCUGCUGGAUCCACUGUUCAUAUACAUCCACAGGCUGCUCCUGUGGUCUGUCGCCACGUACUUGACACGCUUAUCCAACUUGCCAAGGUUUUCCCUAGUCACUUCACACAGCAGCGGACCAAAGAGACCAACUGCGAAAGUGAACGAGAGCGUGGAACAAAGCAGUCGGGCAGCCCUUGCCCAGGUCAGACAGGAACUAGUGGCAUCUCCACUGACUUCUGGGACUUGUUAGUCAAACUGGAUAAUAUGAACGUAAGCCGCAAGGGCAAGAACUCCAUCAAAUCUGUGCCUGUGAGCUCUGGCUCUGAAGGGGAGAGCUCCCCCUACAGCCUGGAAGCCUCUCCCCUGGGCCAGCUCAUGAACAUGCUGUCCCAUCCCGUGAUUAGACGGAGCUCCCUGCUGACAGAGAAGCUGCUUCGCCUGUUGUCUCUCAUCUCCAUUGCUCUGCCUGACAACAAGACAGCGGCAGAGGGGGCAGCCAACCAUGCCGCUGCUGCUGUUGCUGCUGCUGCUGCCGCGGCUGCUGCAACAACCACCCCGGCACCUGCGCCUUCCCCUGCAUUGGCAGCGGCAGCAGCUGUGGCUGCUGCAACUGCAGCUGCCACUGCUGCUUCAUUUGCCACCUCUGGAGCUACCACUGUAACGGCCACGUCUACUGUCCCCACCACUGUGUCCACACUUGUAAAAAACAGCAAAUCACCAGCCAAGGUGAGCGAAGCAGGAGGCGGAGGCCUGACUGACAGCAAAAUGGCAGCCUCAGGCUUAACAGAAAACCAGCUACAGCUUUCGGUAGAGGUGUUGACAUCUCACUCCUGCUCUGAAGAAGGCCUGGAGGAUGCUGCCAAUGUCCUAUUGCAGCUAUCACGAGGUGACCCAACCACGCGUGACACGGUGCUCAAACUCCUGCUUAAUGGGGCCCGGCAGCUGGGCUAUACGCUCUGCAAACAGAUAGGUACACUUUUGGCAGAAUUACGAGAAUAUAACUUGGAGCAGCAGCGCCGGGCCCAGUGUGAGUCCCUUUCACCUGAUGGGCUACCCGAGGAACAACCUCAGACCACCAAAUUGAAAGGCAAGAUGCAAAGCAGGUUUGACAUAGCUGAGAAUGUGGUGAUUGUAGCCUCGCAGAAGCGCCCUCUGGGUGGCCGGGAGCUGCAGCUACCCUCAAUGUCCAUGCUGACCUCUAAGACCUCCACACAGAAGUUCUUCUUGAGGGUGCUGCAGGUUAUCAUUCAGCUGCGGGAUGACACACGCCGUGCCAACAAAAAAGCAAAACAGACAGGCAGGCUAGGUACUUCCGGUCUGGGCUCAGUUAGCAGCAUCCAGGCCGCUGUUCGGCAGCUGGAGGCUGAGGCUGACGCCAUUAUACAAAUGGUACGUGAGGGUCAGAGGGCCCGGAGGCAGCAGCAAGCAACAACGUCGGAGUCCAACCAGGCAGAGGGCUCUGUACGAAGAGAUGAAUCUCCUAUGGAUGUGGAUCAGCCAUCACCCAAUACGCAAGACACCCAAUCAGUUGUGUCAGAAGGAUCUCAACAGGGUGAGAAGGAGAAAGAAGAACGGCCUCCUGAUUUGCCUUUGCUCAGUGAGCAGCUCAGUCUGGAUGAACUGUGGGACAUGCUGGGAGAGUGCCUGAAGGAACUGGAAGAGUCCCAUGACCAGCAUGCUGUGCUUGUGUUGCAGCCAGCAGUGGAAGCCUUCUUUCUGGUGCAUGCCACCGAGCGGGAAAGCAAACCACCAGUGCGUGACACACGGGAAAGCCAACUGGCUCACAUCAAGGAUGAGCCCCCACCUCUUUCACCUGCCCCCCUGACGCCUGCAACACCCUCUUCCCUUGAUCCCUUUUUCUCCCGUGAGCCCUCGUCUAUGCACAUCUCUUCCAGCCUUCCCCCGGACACUCAGAAAUUUCUCCGCUUUGCAGAGACACACCGCACUGUGCUGAACCAGAUCUUGCGUCAGUCUACCACCCAUCUGGCUGAUGGUCCUUUUGCUGUCCUCGUUGAUUACAUUCGUGUGCUGGACUUCGAUGUUAAACGAAAAUACUUCCGGCAAGAAUUGGAAAGACUGGAUGAGGGGCUGAGAAAAGAAGACAUGGCUGUGCAUGUGCGUCGGGAUCAUGUCUUUGAAGACUCUUAUCGGGAAUUGCAUCGCAAGUCACCUGAAGAAAUGAAAAAUAGAUUAUAUAUUGUGUUUGAAGGGGAAGAAGGCCAGGAUGCUGGUGGCCUCCUGCGUGAAUGGUAUAUGAUCAUCUCCCGGGAGAUGUUUAAUCCCAUGUAUGCACUGUUCCGCACAUCACCUGGUGAUCGAGUCACCUACACCAUCAAUCCUUCCUCUCACUGUAACCCCAACCACCUGAGUUACUUCAAAUUUGUUGGGCGUAUUGUAGCUAAGGCGGUGUAUGACAACCGGUUGUUAGAGUGCUACUUCACCCGCUCCUUCUACAAGCAUAUCCUAGGCAAGUCAGUCAGGUACACAGAUAUGGAGAGUGAGGAUUAUCACUUCUACCAGGGACUGGUCUAUCUUCUAGAAAAUGAUGUUUCCACUCUGGGCUAUGAUCUCACGUUCAGCACUGAGGUUCAAGAAUUUGGUGUGUGUGAAGUACGUGACCUUAAGCCCAAUGGGGCUAACAUCCUUGUGACUGAGGAGAACAAGAAGGAAUAUGUGCACUUGGUGUGUCAGAUGAGAAUGACAGGAGCAAUCCGCAAGCAGCUGGCUGCCUUCCUGGAGGGCUUCUAUGAGAUCAUCCCCAAGCGCCUCAUCUCCAUCUUCACAGAGCAAGAGCUAGAGCUGCUGAUCUCAGGCCUACCCACCAUCGACAUAGAUGACCUGAAAUCCAACACAGAGUAUCACAAGUAUCAGGCAAACUCUAUACAGAUCCAGUGGUUUUGGCGAGCUUUGCGCUCUUUUGAUCAGGCAGACAGAGCGAAGUUCCUGCAGUUUGUCACAGGCACAUCCAAAGUGCCCUUGCAGGGCUUUGCUGCCUUGGAGGGCAUGAAUGGUAUUCAGAAAUUCCAGAUCCACAGAGAUGACCGUUCAACAGACAGGCUGCCUUCUGCUCAUACGUGUUUCAACCAGCUGGACCUCCCUGCCUAUGAAAGCUAUGAGAAAUUGCGUCACAUGCUGCUACUGGCCAUCCAGGAGUGCUCGGAGGGCUUUGGCCUGGCGUAAGGGUGGCUCCAGCUGCCAUAUUUUUCUACUGUCAGACUUGGGGAGCAACGGGCGGGAGUGGAACCGAGCGAUGCUCCUCCCCUUUUCCAACCACCUGUGUGUGUGUGUGUGCCCUGCUGCCCCCUUACUGAAGAGAGCCAGAGACCCCCAGCCAAUCAGCCAUCUUCGGAGGCGGGGCCAGGGUGCAACCCGGAGAGAAAAAGACAAAUUAUAUAUAUAAAUAUAUAUAUAUUUUUUGGUUUAGUUUGCAUUUCUUAAUUUGUGCUUGGAAUGUGUUGAUGAGGCGGCGGGAGGGAGCGUUUGGAUUCUUUUGUUGGUCUCUUUCCUUGGCACCCAUUUGCUGCUGGAAAGGAACCUAAGGUUUAAAAAAAUUCCAAAAAAAGGAAAAAAAAUAAAAAUAAAAGCGCACUCUUGAUAAGAA